AGAAAAAGCCAGGAGCGAGCAGUGAGAACUCAGUCCCAGGAAUCUGAAGGGAAGAGAAAGCAAACUGGCAACAGAGAGCAUGAAGCAGUAACUCCUGAGGAAAGCGAUGCAGAACGUUUGGUGCCUGUUCAUUCAUUUCCUCGGCAUCACCACCCGACAGUCCUGUUCUGACAUUUCUCCCAGGAGGCAAUGAGUGCUGUGAUCCACACAGCAUCCCCUGUGCUGCAGCAUCUCAGCUGCCAUCCUGGGAAGCAAUAAUUCCUUUGGGAAGGGCGAUCACUGCUGGGAAAACCAAUACACCACAGCAACACCGCAAUGGGAAUAACUGUCCAGAACAUCACAGGGAACACAGCGAUGGUGAUUUGGCCCAGAAUGGCCAGCUGUGCCGACAGCUUUUACAGCGUCAUGUAUCACCCCAACUGGAACAGCGUGCUGUCCAGCUACUCCAGGAAGAGUUUCCAGAAGGAGGAGAGGGUGCCUGCCAGCCGCUCCUCAUUCGUGGUGGAAAACCUCACCCCACUGACUACGUACAUCCUGUGUGUCACCUGCCAGUCCGCCAGCCCUUCCAGCGACCAGUGCCAGGUGUUCAACACGCUGGAACAAGACCCGGCAUCUGCUAGCACCACCAAGAAGGAGCUGGCACUGGGCAUCUGGCUGGCCAGCAGCCUCCUGCUGCUCAUCAUUGCCGCAAUCCUCCUCUACGGCUGCCUGCACCUGCUGUGCCGUGCGAGGCGUGAGCAGUCACAGGGCCACGCCGGGGCCUCCCAGAGGGAGGCACAUGACUUGGAGGACCCCAGCAGGCAGAGCCAAGUGCUGCAGGACAGAGAGGAGAGGCAGCCAGAUGGCAUUCAGCUGGCCACCAUCAUUGAGAAUCCUGCAGUCUGCAGGGAGCCUGGCCAGCCGGUCUCCAGCAGCCGGGAACAAGUGCCAGCAGCAGGACAGUGCCCCACUGUCAGUUGGGAACCAUAGGUCAUGGCAGAGCCGUACUCCCAUCUGUGCCUGCUGCCUCUGUGGCCCUUUCCAAUGCCCUUAUGCAGCCACUGAUGCCCUGGGCGAAAGCUGAGGUUCCCCAGAAGUUUGUUAGUUAAAAAAGAAGCAUGGAGCAAGCCAUGGGCUUGCAUCCGGGGGCAGAUUUGGUUGCUUUCCUUUCAUAGAAAUGAGCAAAGAGACAUAAAAACAAACAUAAACAGUGACCAAGUUAAUUUUUAAUUUCUUUUUUUUCUUUUUUUUCCUAACAAAUACAAACAAGAAUAGAAGUUUCCACAUGAGAGCUCAGUUUGCUGUAUUGAAGCAUGCGCCCUGAGCAUGACAGCUUGCUGGUACACGUGUCACUGCCCAAUUCUGACCACUUCUCACUCGCUCUCAAUAGUGCCCACUCUCAGCAACGGCUCAGUCACAGCACAUCAGCUACACUCACCGGGUUUUCACCGUAUCCUUUCAUCUCUCAGAAAUCUCCAC